GUGCCGGGGGGGCUUAACACAGUGCUCAGACUCGCCACCGUUUCCAUCACAUUACCCUUUGAGAAAGCCCUCACUUCCCUAUUUUGUCUGUGUGUUCAGAUUAAUCGCAGUUGCUUCAUAGAGCUGGUGGUGAGAUGCAUAUCGAGAUGUUUGUGUGAUUUUUGUGGUAAGUUCAGUCUUUUAUUGUUCGGAUAAAACUACCUGAUAAGUUUGACCUUAAACAAGUAAGGGGGGGGAGUGUUUUAGGCCGCCAUGCUAAAGGGAAAUUGUAGAUCUGUUUGAUGAAAAAGUUUGUCUGAAAUGUCUUUUGACUGUUUUUUCUCCACAAUAAUCACACGAAUUAGUGUUUUCGAAAUCUUAUACAUAGUUAAUUUGUAUUUUAAGUCAUUGAUAAGUAUAGUUUAGUAAAGUACAGUAGCUAAAUCCCCAAGAGUGAAACAAGGAAGUCAUGUGAUUUCACAUCAAAACACAGCAUCAACUUCUUAAGGUGAAAAGUGUCACUUCCACAUUAUUUACUUUCACAGCAGAUUUCAUACAUACCUUCUCUUCUUCUACAUCGUCUGUACAUGUAACUUUUUAAUUUAACUUCCUGUUUAUGCAAUAUUUACUUAUAGUUUGUCACAUAUAGACAGAGAUGGUCUGUCGCUUUCACUGUCUAGCGCAGCUGCACAGGUUUUAAAAAUAUCUAUUAAAAUUAACAAGCAGCAGGUUCUGCAAAUUGCAAAUCAGUUACCAGCCGCAUGUUCGCAUUAAGACACAGCUUCUGACUGAUUCAACUUCAGCGUUAUUUUUCUGCUUCUCAGAGACUAAACUUUAAACUGUGCUUUUUCAGAAAGAAAACUCACAUUAUUUCAUAGGAUUGUUUAAAUGGUAAAUAUAGUAAAUUACUGGCUAUUGAUUUGCAUUGCUAUGACAGUUGAAUGUAAAAAUUACUGUAAUUAUUAAAUUUAUGUACAGCAAGGUACUGUUACAGCUAAAUGCUACUUUAUCGCAGUAAUUCCAUGAACAUGGCAACUUUGAAAUAAUGUAGUUAAUUUGUAAUGCACUGGAAAAUGUUGAUUGUAACAUUCUGGGAAAUUACUAUGAACGUGAUGUAUCUUGCAGUCAGUAUAUUACUGUAUAUUUACAGCCAAUUGAACUUUUUUUCUAAAAUGCAGUUUUGCCAUGUUUUUUUAUGUUAUAAUGUGGAUAAUCUAUCAAUAACUUUGUGAGACUACUGUUUUAUCUGGUCUUUUUAAUCAGAAAAGGUAAAAAAUUCAAUUCCAGUUGAUUUAAAAUCAGUGGACUCCUUAUUUUACGCCAAGUUAACUUUCACAGCACAUUUCCAACAAUCAAACUAAACUACCUUACGAAGUAAAAAGACACAACAAGAAAACAAUACACAAUGGGUUACAAUCAUAUUCGAAAAAUAGUCAAACCUUGAGGGACUUCUCCUCGUCUUGACGGGGAAGCCAAAGAGAAGAAAUUGGUCUUCAGCAAUGAUUUUAAAAAAUGACUGGUGCUCCCGCUGGGGUAUCAGCAUGGUAAGAUUUGGCUAAAAGACUCCAUUUAGAGUCUCAUGGGUACACAACAACAAAACAAACCUUCUGACAGACCUGAGACCAGAGGGGAGAAACCAGCAUGAGUGUGAUGUGGGCUCUCUUUUUCUUUCCAGUCAUAAACUGAGCAGCUGCAGCAUUUUUGCUGUCACCGCUGUCAACUGGUCAAGUCCAUUUACAAAGAAUAACAAUAAUCAAGAUGAGAUGUUGUAGUGACAUGUAUUACCCUCUCUAAAUCUUUAGGGGGGAGAUAGGCCUUUGCUGUGGCUAUCAGUCUAAACUGAAAGAUGUUGGACUUUACGGGAAAGGAGUCAUAAAAAUAAACACUGAAACAGAAACUCUCAUUUCCAAUAAAUUUUAUUGUUGGAUAGAGAGGGAAAUGGAGAGUGAGAGAGAAAUACGCUGUGGGUUGGAGUCCUACCUCGGCCAUCCACUUUGAGAGCAAUAGCCUCUUUGUAGGGUUUACAAAUGAACUGCUGAGCCAAACUGGCAUCCAGGUUAACAUCAUUUUUGGUGUUCAUUAUGUUGCUGGUCAGUAUAUUUUUUGACUCUUGAGAAUGAAAUGCAUUUAAUCUAUGAGAGGUAGCCCUGUUGGAGGAAUAAUGCCAAAGAUGUUAACCAAGGUGUCAGUUUAGCUCAGCACUUCAACUGUGAGAGACCAUAGGCCUCACAAUGGCAUGCCUGGUUGGUGUGUGUACAAAAUAUAUCCCUAUCCAUAAUGAGACCAUACUGUAGGCACAGAAUUUUCAAUGAUAAACUUCACUUGAAAAGUCAGCGUAAAAACAAAUGGGCUAUAAUGUAAAAAAGUAUAGCAGAGCUCUCUAAAGGCACUCAUCAAAAUAACCAUAUAACUCUGUCAUGUUGUUUACAAAGAUAACAAUUCACUAUGAGUAAAGCACUUUGCAAUAUUUAGCAAAAGAGUAGCAAGGAAAAAACUUGCUUCAAACAGGCAGAAAACGCAAGCAGAUCCAAACUGGUGUUGAUCAGUCACCUGCUGCGACUGUGUUGGGUUUUUGGAAAGAGAUGGACAAAAACAAACUGAGAAACAGCAGCUAAAGCAGCAAACUGAUCGAACAGAUACAUGACUAAAUGGGCAGAAACAGUAAGUGUGGUAAAAGUAGGAAUGGCAAAGAAUGAUAAUCCACUAAUUAGUAGGUUUAACAUUACCAACAAUAAUGACAGUAAAACAAAAAGCACUGAUUAUGUUAAGUAUAGUGGCAAGAUCUGGGGCCUAUUUUACAAAGCAGGAUUACUGCUUAGCGAGGUAAUUUCGAGGGUAAGUUUCCUGUUCUACGAUGCAGGUUAACUUAUUAGCGAGGCAAGUCUCCAUGGCAACGUACGCUGAACGGCUAACCUACUCCAGGGCAUAGCAAAGCUGGAUCCACUUACGAGGUUGAUAACCAGCGUCGUAAGAACGUUUAGUGAGACCGCUGGCUACCGCACUAAGUUGAGCGUGGUAGCUCCAAGGCUACCUCGCUAGGUCGAACUUGCUUCGUGGAAUAAGCCCCUGGGCAGCCCUGAUAUCAACGGUAGCUGUGUUCACAUGGGACAUAAUAUUCAGAUUGGUAAUGUUUUAAAAGGCCAAACUUAACUAAAAUGCUUCUUAACCCUUUAAUUGUAAGAAACUAGCCUAAACCAAAUAAAAUUUUAGCAAUUGCACAGGGGCAGUUAAAGCCUUUUCAUGUACAGUGACAUAUGAGUCUUUGCACUUACAGAGUACCGUAUCUUUAAAGUCAAACUGGAUGAUGAUAGAGUCCGUUUUUAGUUGAAUCAAUCACAGAAAGCUUUGACAGUGGGAAAGUAUGGACUUUUUCAAAAAAGCCCAUUACAAGCAGUGUGAGGGUGGAGGAAACAGUCUGCUCCUCCUCUUUGUAACCAGUGGGAGUAAGGCUUGGUCUAUAAAAAGCUGUUGCUUGACUAAGAGCAGCGACAUAACAGCAAGUAUUUUGUUAAAAAGAUGGUAGAUAUACAUCAUUGGGGCAGGAAAAUGAUCUAAUGUGUCUAUAGCAUGAACCAGAAGAGGAGAGGGGAAUAACAUCUCUGUGUGUAUAACUCAUCAGUUCUGAUUAAAAUAGUGGGUGCAAGUAAAGACCAGACCACAAUUAAUCAUAUGUCACACUUAUGUAAUUAUCUCCAAUCAGAAUUAUUUAAAGUUCCUGUAACGAACUUCUGGUUUGUGGUGACCCCUGUGGACAGAGUAGUCUUGAUCUUUCCUCAUGAUUAAGCAGAGUCAGUGUUAUAAGGAAAUUGUAAAAAGGAGUGUUUCUUUAGUUACUAAGCUAGAAAUUCAGUGAAUUAUAAAAAUAUUUGAAAAAAACCCUGACAGGAGCGUGAAAUCAUAAUGAAGAGUUGUUGUUCAUGUAACCAUGUCUCUAAAUAUUUUUGAUCAAUAUAAAAUAUGAUAUAUACAGUAAUUAAUAUGCAGUAAUGAUGACAUUAACACCAACUUUCUGCUGAUUUCUGUAAGUUUCAGGAUGAAUCUGGAAACAAACUACUCCAACAUGUCUGAGGAUUUUGUUGCUGUGAAACCAGAACAGGGGCCGGUGGAGUACCGCAUAGCUGGCCUUGUCUUCUUCUCCAUCCUCUUCAUCAUUGGAGUCAUUGUCAAUAUCACUGCUUUAUGGGUGUUUGCCCUCACCACCAAAAAGAGGAACUCCGUCACUGUGUACAUGAUAAACGUGGCAAUGGUGGACCUGACCUUCAUCCUGCUGCUUCCCUUCAGGAUGGUGUACCACCACCAUAACUACUGGCCCUUCGGAGAUAUGUUCUGCAGGAUCAUCUCCGCUCUCACCAUCUUCUACCCCUGCAUAGCUCUGUGGCUGUUUGCUCUCAUCAGCGCCGACCGCUACAUGGCCAUUGUCCAGCCGAGGCACAACAAAGAGCUGAGAAAUGUCCCCAAAGCCGUGGUGGGGUGUUUGGGAGUGUGGCUCAUGACUCUCGGCAGCACUGUGUCCCUGAUUUUCUUAGAUGAAGACCCCGAUCGUGUCUCCAACUUCACCACCUGCGUUAAAAUGCAAGACAUCAUCUACAUGCGGCGAGACAACGUGGUCAACUUUGUGCGACUGAUCUUCUUCUUCCUGGUUCCCAUUUGUAUUAUGAUUGGCUGCUACAUAGUCAUUGUGGAUAACCUCAUCCACGGCAGAACCUCUAAACUCAAACCAAAAGUGAAGCAGAAGUCUAUUCGGAUCAUCGUCACGCUGAUAAUCCAAGUUUUGGUGUGCUUUGUGCCGUUUCAUGUGUGUCUAGUCCUGCGUUUGCUUGGGGAUGGCAAAGAUGGCGGCUUUAGCCCAUGGGCAGUCUUCACCACAUACCUGAUGAACAUGAGCACGGUGUUGGACAUCAUCCUGUACUACAUCGUCUCCAAACAGUUCCAGGACAGGGUGAUUAGUGUGAUUCUCUACAGGAACUAUCUCCGAAGCGUGAGACGGAAGAGCAGGCACACGAACACAGGCAGCGUCCGAUCAAUGAGUAACCUGACCAGUGCGAUGAUAUGAAUCAGCUAUCAAACUUUCAUGCUUUCACACGGCUCACGCUUUGUAACACUGAACGCAUCACUGUGCACCGGGCUUAUUAUCAAAAGGAUCAAAACUUGCAAUUAAUUUCCAAGGUGUAAUUUACACUCACAGUAUGGGAUUGCUGCUGUUGUGGCAAAAACAUCUGUGUUCAGAGCUGAUUGACUCACCCAGGAGACUUGAGAUGUUUUCUGUGCAUCUUUGCUCUGGCAGACAGAGCAGGAAUAACUGUGGCUCAGGUGUAACACAUGCAGGCGAAAAUAAAGCUCAUAAUCAUUAAAAACAUAGCCCACAGUAACGUAGUGUUUGCUUUGUAAUUAUGUAGAAACUCCUAUCAGUCACAUCAACCAACAACUUUAACAACUGACAACUCUCCACAGGGGGGAAACCUACAGGAAGCACGGUGGGUUUUUUCACAGCGCAAAAACAUUGCCUCUGCAGAACCUCAGCACUGCAACAAGGCAUAAAUAUAACCAUCAAGGCUGAGAGGUGUCAUGCAAAUGAGGUGCAGAUAAACCAUUUGACUGGUGCUACUUCAUUCGAGACAAGACAUCUUCCUACCACCACAGCACAUGCAGUAAAGGGGAAGCUACUGGUCUAAUAGGCUUAGCUGACUACUAACCAAACAGAUAGAAUUUAGACUAUGUAGCCAACAACAAUAAAGAUAUGGUUUCUAAAGCUACUUAGAGAAGUGGUCACCAUGACUCAAAAAUAAUCAAAAACUGAUCCAUAACAUUCAGAAAUUUCUUAGCUAAUCUGUUGGCCAAGUACAAGUUCUUAGAAUCGUACUGAAGUCCUACCAAACACUAAAGCUAGCUGUGAACUAAUUCCUAGCUUAAACUUGACGAUUUUCUAUGAAUUUCUAAGAAAUAAGCAGAUAUUCAACAUCUGCUUAUCAAUAUGAGAUUUGUGAAAUUAUGACGAACAGUUGAGUUUACCAUCAUGCCUGAUGGCCUACAAGGGGCUAAGGCUACUUAGUUUGCCAGUUUACUUCUAAAAAAACCCCCAAAAUUUGUUGAUAAAUGAUAGUUCCUUUUUUUGGGCACAUCAAUCAAUCAAACUUUAUUUUUAAAGCACUUUUCAUUCAUAUAACGUAGCACAAAAUGCUGUCCAUUCAAGCAGGAUAUUAAAAACAAUGAAAUAAAAUAAAUAAAUAAAAACACAAAUACCAAACCCUGUCCACCCUCCCAACCCCCAUUCAACACAUACAGCAUUCACACUCACACACACAGAUGCAUACACAGAAGACCAGGUGAGGACUCUUCAACUUGCCACAGAUGACUGAGGAAGACAUGCUUUGUCAAAAGGGGAUUCACACAUAACACAAUCAUAAAAUAAAAUAGGAUAAAACUCAUUACUUUUCUUUUUGGGUAGUUUAUUUUAGUAGAAUCUCUAAAAGGGAAAUGGCAAAAUAAUGUACCGAUGAAUUACCAUAAAAUAUGAGUCAAAUGAAUCUAUUCUGUGAAACUUCUAAUUUAGUUCAGCUGCCUGUAUGUUGCUGUACAAAUGCUGACCAGGUGAUGGCAGCAUGGCACAGCUAGAUCCUAUCUAACUGCCACAGCAGGACUGAACAUUGCUGCCUUUGCUCUUCAAGUGGAAGAGUUUUGACUGUCUGCUUCACAGUUCUUUAUACCUUCCUGUUUUAGCUUUUGAGUUCAUUUCAUGUUGGUUUAUCGAAGCUUGUGUUUCAGGUUCUACUCUGUGAAAUAUUUAGCUUUUGUUGUCACGGAGAGAACUUGUUAACUACAGUCGUAACAGCUUCCUGAACAUGAAUCCAACUGGAGUGUGUUUGUGGAGCAAUGUGAAUCGUAUUGAUUGGAUGUUAAAUGAUUCAGUCACUUAAAGUGCAUUUACAGUAACAUCCUCAUGAGAUGUCAGUAAGGCUUUUUACUAGAUUUAAAGCAAGAGAGAAUCUUUUCUGCACAGGAAUGCUCUUACGUCUCUUCUCAAGCUCUGCAAUGCAAAAUACUGCAAUCAGUUUAUCUUCCAUCCAACAGAAAAUGAGUUGAUGUUACAAAAUGUCUGAUAUUUCUACCCCUUCUAUAUAUCUGAGCAAAGAGUUAAUCGGUGUUUCUGUAAAAUGAUCAAGUUGGUGUGUCUGUCGCAUUAACACAGUCAACACUAAGUUAGGAAGUGAGUCAGUGUUGCUGAGUAACUAUGUACUGUCUCAUACAAUUAAACAGUCAAAGUGCUCAGGGGUGUAACCACAUGUUCAAAAGAAAUAUUUGAAAAGGUUAUGAUGUCUCACAAACAACUUUCAAAAACUGGGUUAAAGUGCGCAACUCUUUGAGGACACUGUUUAAUUGAUGUUGUCGGAUAAAGUCUGGAAUUUUUUUUGCACCACAGCACCACAGAAAAAUGAAGACUAAAGACCGCACCAACAGAUACACACAGAACAGAGUAUACAAGGUCUUUAGAUGAAGAUUUAAGCUCUGUAUUUAAAGGUGCAGUGCGAAGUAUUUAGCAGCAUUUAGCAGAGCAAAUAGUAGAAAUAAGUAAUAAAUAAUAAAACCUAAAUAAAAAGUAGUUUUGUUUCCUUAAUGUAAAAUGGGCCUUUCAUAUUUAGGUGCAGGUCCCCUUCUAAAGAGGUUGCCAUUUUGCAUCCCCAUAUUUCGACUGAAGUAUAACAUGGACAAAUACUGCUUGUGUGAAUUCUGUAAGUGGCAGCACAAAUUGCACCGCUUGGAAGCCAAAUAAAGAGAGUGAGUUUUGUGUCCAAUA